CUCUCUCUCUCUCUCUCUUAUGAAGGUUAGCUGUCUCUCCCUCCCUCUGUCAUCUUGGCAACCAUAUCCAUCUGAUAGAUUGGUGAGCCCAACUGAGUGGAUGGAUGGUUUUUCUCAAAAUCAGGAUUAUCUGAUCAUCAGGUGGGCCGUGCGUUAACAAAAGAAUGGAUAGUUAAAGAGGAAUCAGCAAGUUUCUGCACUCAAUUUACAGCCUACAGGGAUGCUUGAAAAGAGCGUCUGGAAUUUAGAGAAAAGAUGAUGAAACCAUUGUGUGUAUUUUUAUGAAUCCACCAGUUGAUGCUUGGAGGAAAUGUAGGAGAGAACGGUGGUUCAUUGAAGAAAGCCAUGUCAAACAAAGUUUUCUUGACUUGAUCAUCUCUGCCAAACCAGCCAAUGGCCUUCGAUGAUGCAAAACAUCCAUUGCUCUCAGGUUUAAGAGAUCCUCCUCAUCAACCUGAACAAAAGAUAGGUGCCAAGAAAAGAUACCGCCGCUGUAAAAGUGCUCCUGCCACAGACAUUUUACUAAAAAAGAAUCAUGCUGCCUCAUCUCCAGCCUCAGAAACCAUUGUUGGCAAAGUUCAUCCUGCAUUCAUACAAGUAAUCGUGUUGUUGGCUGUCUAUCUAGGAAUAGGCACAACUUGCUUCUGCCUCGUUAAGAAUCAGAUCAAGGGCAAGAAAACAAAUGGCAUUCUGGAUGCCGUAUACUUCUGUAUUGUGACAAUGACAACCGUUGGAUACGGGGACCUCGUUCCCAAUAGUGUCACCACGAAACUCCUCGCAUGUGCUUUUGUCUUCACAGGCAUGGCACUUGUCGGGCUUAUCCUAAGUAAAUCGGCGGACUAUCUCGUGGAGAAACAGGAAAUGCUAUUGGUUAAAGCCUUACAUAUCCAUCAACAUGUUGGGAUGACGGACAUUAUGAAGGAAAUUGAAACCAAACGAGUGAGGUACAAGUUUCUUAUGGUCACAGUGUUGCUUGUGCUGUUGAUCAUUGUGGGGACGGUUUUCUUAUCGACAAUUGAAGGAUUGAACCUUGUUGAUUCCUUCUAUUGUGUUUGUUCUACUAUCACGACUUUAGGAUAUGGGGAUAAAAGCUUUUCAUCUGAAGGUGGGCGUAUUUUUGCCAUCUUCUGGAUAUUGACUAGCACAAUUUGCGUGGCCCAGUUCUUUCUCUACCUUGCUGAGCUAAACACUGAGCAUAGACAACAGGCUCUAGUCAAAUUCGUCCUUACAAGGAGGAUGACAACCUUAGAUCUUGAAGCAGCAGAUCUUGACGAUGAUGGGGUUGUGAGCUCUGCCGAAUUCAUCAUAUAUAAGCUCAAAGAGAUGGGAAAAAUUAGCCAAGAAGAUAUCACUCUUGUGAUGGAAGAAUUUGAGGAUCUUGACGUCGAUCAGUCGGGUACACUGUCAGUGUCUGAUUUGACACUUGCACAAUCUCCUCCACAUGGGAGCAAAGUUUAACAGCAAUGAUCUUAGAGAUGGAACUUAGGGGGAGCAUCAAUAGGUAAUAAGAUGAGGGAAAGUAGACUUACAUGGUUUGGUCAUUUGCAAUGGAGACCAAGAACUAUGCCCAGUUAGGAGUGAGUUGGUACAAGUUGAAGGCUCUAAAAGCUCAAGAGGAAGGUGCAGGAGGACAUGGGUGGAGGUAAUAACACUUAAUGACCUUGAUAGAGUGGAACAAGAUUCGUGUAGCCAACCCCAAUUAGUGAGGAUAAUGCUUAGAUAAUGAUGAUGAUAUUUUUAUAAACACAUUGUAAUCUCAUUUGCCUUGGCACAGUUUCUGCACGGGCUGGCAACUUUCCCAUUUGGAAAGUAUAAAUUCAUUAUAGUGAGCUGCA